AUGCACGACGUGACGAAACCCAACUCCAACAACAGCGUCAAAAAUAAACGUACACAAAAAUGUUUAAAGAACAAAAAAGUAAUAGAAUUUUUUCACCGAUAUGUGCCGAUCACCUCGUGGCUUCCAAAUUACAAUACGGAGAAAGCGACGGGUGACUUAAUCGCUGGUCUUACAAUUGGAUUGACAAUGAUACCGCAGAGUAUUGCGUACGCGUCCCUUGCCAAUUUAUCACCUCAGGUUGGGUUGUAUUCGGCACUUAUAGGUGGGUUUAUAUACAUGAUUUUCGGAACUGUGAAGCAAGUAUCCAUGGGACCUACUUCUCUUAUGGCUUUACUCACGUACGAGUACACAAAAAAUUUACCUUCCCAGUACGUUGUGCUGUUGACAUUCAUGUGCGGGAUUUUUGAAAUGCUCAUGGGAUUAUUACGAUUAGGGUUCUUGGUCGACUUGAUCUCCACUCCGGUGACGUCAGGUUUUACAACGGCCACUGCUUUCAUUAUUGUGUUGUCUCAGGUGAAGGGUAUUCUGGGCGUGAAGUUCAAGGGUGACUCGGUUAUAGAUAUCAUAGAGAAAUUGAUCGAACACUUCCACGAGAGAAGAAACGGAGACAUUUAUUUGGGGUUAGCCGCCAUCGUCUUUAUUUUAAUUAUGAGAGAGCUACAUAAUCUACCAGUCAAGGGAAAGAUAAAAAGGAUCAUAUGGUAUGUAUCCCUAAGCCGAAAUACAACCGUUCUUUUGAUUUCAAUGUUUAUCACGUAUUUGUACGAAUCAAGUGGAACUCCAUUGCCAUAUUUGACAUCAGAAACUGCUAAACCCGGACUGCCGUCACUACAGUUUCCGCCUUUUGGAUACACGUCCGGAAACACGACCGUCACGCUACCUCAGAUGUUGUACGAGAUCCGGUCUGCUAUGUUUGUCAUACCACUAGUGUCGGUGUUGGCCAACGUUUCCAUCGCUAAGGCUUACGCUAAUGGAGGCACAGUCGAAGCAACGCAGGAGAUGUUUGCUUUAGCCAUGUGCAACAUUGCCGGGUCGUUCAUUAGGUCGAUGCCUACGUGCGGCGCGUUUACUCGGAGCGCAUUGAUUCAAGCUAGCGGGGUCCGAACCACGAUGUCUAACAUUUACGCUAGCUGUCUAAUAUUAUUAGCCACCCUGUUCCUAACACCAUAUUUCCAUCUCAUUCCUAGGUGCAUACUGUCCUCGGUUUUGAUCAGCGCCGUCAUAUUUUUGGUAGACUAUCAAAUAGUCAAACCACUUUGGAAAACUAAUCGGAUCGAGUUAUUCGUCGGAAUGAUUACACUUUUGGUAAGCCUUUUCUUUACCGUUGAAAUCGGUUUACUUGCGGGCAUAUGCGCUAACAUAAUUCAUUUGGCACUAAUGUGGUCCAGACCGAAGUUGAAUAUCGAAUUAAUCAAAUCCAAAGGAGUGGAAUUCGUGCUGAUUACACCGAACAACGGGCUUUACUUCCCCGCGAUCGAUUAUCUGUACAGAGAGGUCAUGGACAUUUCGAAGCAGGAAAGGUACGCGAAAAUACCGCUCGUCGUAAACUUCGCGCGCUUGAAGGGACUAGACUACACCGCGGCCAAGGGACUGAGUGUGAUAUCGUCGGAGAUUCACGCCAAGGAUCAGCGUUUCAUCGUCGUGAACGCAUCGGACAAGAUACGAUACGUAUGCCGGAAGUCCGGAUGCAAGUCGAUGGUGUUCUGCAAUUCGCUUGACGCGCUUCCCGCCACGAUUCUCGGCGAAUAUUGCAAAGAAAAAUGUUCGCAGAACACGAGACGUGAAGACACCGUCGUAGACGUUCAAAUCAAGCUGGCCGAGGUUGUUCCGUUGUUGGAUAUCAAACCUACAAACGGUAACGAAACUAUAGUUGACAUAUAGUAUAUAGGUAUCUAAACAAUUUAUAUGCAUAUAUAUAUAUAUAUAUAUAUUUAUGAAUU